GUGCGCUAUAAUAAUCUUUUCUCAAUUAAAAAAACAAAGAUACUGAAAUGAUGCAUGGUUAUUUGCUUCUCUCUCAAUAGUCAAUCAUUAUCUAAUAUUUCCUUGCAUGUGAUGCUGCUUUCCCAAGCAAGAACAGCUCAUAUCAAUCAUCAUUUAUCAUUGUCAAGAACGAUUCCUCGAUUCUGCAACGAGAGAGAUUCAAAGAUGAUUGCUUGUGGAUCUUUUUGCAAUUCUUGACGCAAUCUUCCGUUUCAUAAGUUUUGUAUUAGAUACUUGGCUAGCUCUUCAACUUCAACUUCAAUUUCCUUUCUUCAGUUGAAGGAAAUAAGCAUGGAAAUGAACAUCUUGUUCAUUGUCUCUGCAAUUCUUUCCUUUGGAGCAGUUUCCUUGCCUACCAGAGCAGAACCAGUUGAAGAUAAACAAGUUUUACUAGAUUUCCUUCACAAGAUUCAUCAUUCACACACUCUCAACUGGAACAAGAACUUUUCUGUUUGUAGUGAGUGGACAGGAGUGACCUGUAACAAUGAUCGUUCAAGAGUUAUAACCCUUAGGUUACCUGGAGUGGGAAUUCAAGGGUCAAUUCCACCGAACACUCUUAGUCGCCUUUCGGCAAUUCAGAUCCUUAGCCUUAGAUCAAAUGGUAUAUCAGGUUCUUUUCCUUCUGAUUUCUCCAAACUUGGAAACUUGACUAGCCUUUAUCUUCGAUCCAACAAUUUCUCAGGCCCAUUGCCUUCAGAUUUUUCAGUAUGGAAAAAUCUCACGGUUCUUGAUCUAUCAAAUAAUGGCUUUAAUGGUAGCAUCCCACCUUCAAUAUCAAAUUUGACUCACCUAACAAACUUGAACCUUGCUAAGAACUCACUUUCAGGUUCUAUUCCUGAUAUAAGUGUUCCUAGUUUGCAAUCUAUAAAUUUAUCUGACAAUGAUCUAACUGGAAGCGUGCCCAAGUCUCUUCAAAGGUUUCCAAAUUGGGCAUUUUCCGGUAACAAUCUUUCACCAGAAAAUGCAAUUCCUCCUGCCCUUCCACUUCAACCGCCUAGUUCUCAACCAUCAAAGAAAACCAAAAGAGUAAGUGAACCUGCAAUAUUGGGUAUCGUAAUAGGCGGCUGCGUGUUGGGUUUUGUAGUUAUUGCUCUUAUAAUGGUUUGCUGCUAUUCAAAGAAAGAUAAGAAAGAUGGAUUACCAACAAAGUCACACAAGAAAGAGGGGUCUUUAAACAAAAAUACAUCGGAAGGUCAAGACAAGAAUAAUAGGCUCGUGUUCUUUGAUGGUUGUAAUCUUGCAUUUGACUUAGAGGACUUAUUGAGAGCAUCUGCUGAAGUACUUGGGAAAGGAACUUUUGGAACAACUUAUAAGGCCGCCCUUGAGGAUACAAACACACUGGUAGUGAAGCGGUUGAAGGAAGUGACUGUGGCUAAAAAAGAGUUUGAGCAGCAAAUGGAAGUCAUUGGAAGUAUUAGGCACCCAAAUGUAUCUGCACUAAGAGCGUAUUACUAUUCCAAGGAUGAGAAACUUACAGUAUGCGAUUACUAUGAGCAGGGCAGCGUUUCUGCAAUCCUACAUGGUAAAAGAGGGGAAGGUAGGACUCCUUUGGACUGGGAAACAAGACUUAAAAUUGCAAUUGGCGCAGCAAGGGGCAUUGCUUACAUCCAUACGCAAAAUGCUGGCAAACUAAUCCAUGGAAACAUUAAAUCCUCGAACAUUUUCCUUAACUCGGAGGGAUAUGGUUGCAUAUCUGACAUGGGUUUGGCUACAUUGAUGAGUCCAAUGCCAGCACCAGUAAUGAGGGCUGCAGGAUACCGCGCCCCGGAAGUAACAGAUUCUAGGAAAGCAACUCAUGCAUCCGAUGUCUACAGUUUUGGGGUGUUGCUGCUUGAGCUUCUGACUGGAAAAUCUCCUAUACAUUCUGCAGGUGGUGAUGAGGUUGUUCAUUUGGUGAGGUGGGUGCAUUCUGUGGUAAGGGAAGAAUGGACUGCAGAAGUAUUUGAUGUUGAACUUUUAAGGUAUCCCAAUAUUGAGGAGGAAAUGGUAGAGAUGUUACAAAUAGGAAUGAAUUGUGUGGUGAGAAUGCCAGAGCAGAGACCUAAAAUGCCUGAUGUUGUGAAAAUGGUGGAGGAAAUUCGGCGAGGGAGUACCAUAAAUCCACCAUCUUCUCAUACUAAUUUGGAAAUUACAGUUUCAACCACAACCUCACAGGCAGCAAAUGUUGCUUCUGCUUCUGCUCCACCAUGAGAGAUCUUUCUGUGAUGCAAAUAGUUGUGAUCAUUUUUUUUUCCAUAAUUUCAUUUGAUUUUUAAUUGUGAAAUUGGUUUAAUUAGAUGAUUUGUUUGCAUAUUUUUGUCCUUCUGAGACAAAUUUGGCACUAAAAUUAGUUUAGCUACCUUACCAGUUACAACCUAACGGCACUCAAGUCAAGAGAAAUGGGAUUCUUCGCUAUUGUAUUAUUUAAGCAGGAACAUAUAGCUAUGCUUGUGAAAUUUUGGUUUUAUUGUAAUAAUGAGACCAAUCAAUCUUUAAGUCUGUCUGCUUGUA